AUGGUCACACAGGAACAUAUCGACACAGUGCUGACCGAGUCCACCUUGGAUGUAUUGGAUGCAUCGGUUGGCAUCUAUUGGCGCGAACCAGUCGAAGGCCAAAACGUUACCGACAUCGACAUUGCUAGAUCCCAGAGCAGAGCGUUCAGCUGGGCACGUGAUGUGGUCAUCCCAGCGGAAACGCGGGUACAACCUGACCGUGAGACCAGAACUCGCCUUUCCGAACUUUAUUACCAGAACCGCUAUCUGCCUCUACCCAUGGUCCAGCGGGAACAUCCUUUCAAGGAGAGAUACCUGGGGAUACACAUCUGCACGAUCCAGGGUCUGCUGCUCUUUGCGAACGAAAGCAGGACUAUCGCUCAGCGUACAGGACUCGUCAACCAAGCCAUCAACAUGGCCUGCAUAAUCACUGUUCAUUCCAGGCAGGAUGAGAGCAUCAACAGUAUCAUGAAGGCGUACCUUGCACGCCUGUUCCGGUGCUGCUUUAUCUACGACUUUACCCUAUCCGCCAUCGAAGGGGGACUUGCCUUGAUCAAUGACGAAGGCACCGCUGUCUACAUGUUUGAGGCAGGCGACUUGGGCCCAGAGGACGAGGCCUGCUCUGGCCAGCACAUGCUUCACUGUGUACUCGGAGUAGUUCCUCUUCAACGGCUUGGAGCUGCUGGACAAGUCUUUGUUCAGAAUGUUCCGCAUUUGUACAAACCGGAUGCAACCACGGAGAACUUGGAAUCGAUUCAUGCCCUGGCAGUCCAGCUUGGUUUUACUCGCCUAACAAUCACCACAACGACCUCUUCAGGAUCCGACAGUGCCGUCGAUCGUCCUUCCCAACCGUCUUUACCUGAGGAGUCGCCAAGGUUCAUAAUCACCAACUUCGAACAGAUCUCUCGUGGCUUGAUUGGUGGACUGAUGGAUUUGACUGUGGUCUUCGAUCAGGUGUUGGAACUUCCGGUCUUUCUUCUUGACCUACUAGGCUUGUCGCCCACAAAAGAUGCUUUGGUUCUCAAGAUCACGGAUCCAUCGUCGACUUAUACCGUCGGUAUUCACGACAACGGUGUUCAACUCCUGGAACUAGAACUGGUUUGGCUGAUGUCUCGAGGAUACUCUCCACGGCCAAGUUCGACGGCGAUCUACUCACCAAGUCCAUCCUCGCCGAUGCCACUGUUCGUAACCCCCGGACGUAACCUCGACGCCUUUCUCGACACCUACGGUCCCUUCAUUCGGAUACUGAACACCAAUGACAAAUUCAAAUCAACCUGCUUCGACACAUUGUCCAAGGCAACCCUUCGUCAAGAUGUCUUGGUCGGCUUCCCUUUGAACAGCGAAUCAAGCACGGUCCCUAACAUGUUGGAAGGCAUGGGACGCGUUCAGGUUGUGAUAUUCCAAGGUGAAUUAAACAUGGAGACAUGGAUCGCGCAAGUGCUGGAGUCCCUAACCAGCAGUUCCCCUUUAAUUGUGCUUGACCGGGUCGAGGACUUCCACAGGAUCGCCCCUGGACACGACGAAACUAGCCUGGGUUGGUUGAAGUUUCGGCAAGAUAUCCAAGCUCUCAACGCCUUUCAUCUAGAGGUAAUUGCAGAGCUCGUUAAGGCUACCAACCAUGACCUCGAAACAACUGUGAUCCAGCUGGUAGAACGGUCCCAGGAGAAGCAACGUGUGUUGUCGAUGAACAAGUCGAGUAGUAGGGAUGCGACGAUGAUUAAGGAUCUAAUGGUGCGUCAGAGCGGGUAUGCACACUUGUUGGUGUCGUAUCAGACGAAUGUGACGAUGGACCAGGUCCAAGAGACGCAGGAGAAGUUGUAUAAGCGGGGGAUCCAUUGGUGCCUCUUUACCAUGAGUGACCUCUGA